UCACACCAUGGCCAUCAGUAUCCUCCCAAAAACUGGAAACUAAGGAAUCCUUAGACAUGCACCACUUCUAGUUCUAGCCCAAGAUUCCUCCAAGUAUGACUUCUGUGGUUUCUUUCCAUAGUAUCAACGAUUCCACACAAGAAUCUCGCGGCUCAUGUAUAUAAAUGGUCCUGCGAGUCCUGCAAUAGUCCAACACGUCUCUCCAUUCAUUCAUAUCACACAAGGUUUACGUAGCACAUAACUUUCAAGGAGCUUUCUGAGGGUGCUCAGCAGAAAUGGAUACAGAUAAUGGAAGUGGAGGUGGUCCAGUUAGGCUUGAGGGAAAAUUUGCUGCAAUGGCAGUCUGUUGGCUUCUUGGAAAUGGCUGCUUGUUUUCUUGGAAUAGUAUGCUGACAAUAGAGGAUUAUUAUGUCUACUUAUUUCCGAGUUACCAUCCCUCAAGGGUUCUUACUCUUGUAUAUCAGCCAUUUGCACUAGGAACCCUGGCAGUGCUAGCAUACAAUGAGGCAAAGAUCAAUACAAGAAAGAGAAAUCUUUUUGGAUACAGUCUUUUCUUUGUUAGCACGCUUUUAGUACUCGUUCUGGAUUUAGCCACAUCUGGAAGGGGUGGAAUUGGAACAUUUAUUGGAAUUUGUGUUGUCAGCGGUGCUUUUGGAAUCGCUGAUGCUCAUGUUCAGGGUGGAAUGGUUGGAGAUCUCUCAUUCAUGCUACCAGAGUUCAUUCAGUCUUUUCUGGCAGGGUUAGCUGCAUCAGGCGCACUAACAUCCGCUUUGAGGUUGAUUACCAAAGCGGCAUUUGAAAAUUCCAAGGAUGGCCUGCGAAAGGGAGCCAUUCUAUUCUUUGCUGUUUCAACAUUCUUUGAGCUUCUCUGUGUCCUUCUUUACGCAUUUGUCUUCCCCAAGCUACCAAUCGUGAAGUACUAUCGUUCUAAGGCAGCCUCAGAGGGAUCAAAAACUGUUUCUGCUGACCUUGCUGCAGGCGGAAUUCAUAGGCAGCCUGAACAAGUUGGUCAAGAUCCUAAACAGCCCGAAAGAUUGAGCAACAAACAACUACUAGUUCAGAACAUUGAUUAUGCAUUAGAUAUGUUUCUGAUAUACGUUCUAACACUCUCUAUAUUCCCUGGAUUUUUAUCCGAGGAUACUGGAUCACACAGCUUGGGAAGCUGGUAUGCCCUUGUCUUGAUUGCAAUGUAUAAUGUCUGGGAUCUCAUAGGUAGAUGUAUACCACUUUGGAAACGCAUAAAGCUGGAAUCGCGUCGGGGACUUACAACAGCAAUUCUCUCUAGAUUCUUGCUCAUUCCUGCCUUCUAUUUCACAGCUAAGUAUGGUGAUCAGGGCUGGAUGAUAAUGCUUACCUCUUUUCUGGGGUUAAGUAAUGGCUACCUUACAGUGUGUGUCCUUACUUCUGCCCCAAAGGGAUACAAGGGACCAGAACAGAAUGCCUUGGGAAAUAUACUAGUAUUGUUUCUCCUAGGAGGUAUAUUUGCAGGGGUUACUCUUGAUUGGUUAUGGCUCAUAGGCAAAGGCUGGUGAGCAUUGUCACUAAUAGUUUUUCAGUUUUUCCUACAAUCUGCUCCUCAAGUUAGGUAUAAUAGGGUGAGCCAUUCCUAGUAUUGUUUCUCCUUUGAUGUUAGGUGAAUUUUAUUGCCAUAGCAAUCAAUUUAUACAUAAGCUCCUUAGAUAGUUGGGGAAAAAUAUGACUCCAAGAAAUCUUAAGGCUUACAGAGCAGGGUCUUUUGCUUUCACACCCUGUUCGCACUUUUAUGUUCUUGGUUGUUUUUUUGAUCAGCUGUUCAGUCAAAACUUUGCAUUAGCCAAUUGAUAUCCUUGUGUUUCUCAA